AUGAAAUGUGUCCGUGCUGAGCCGUCUCUUCUGAGUGACCUCUUCUACGCACUGGUGGGGCUGGACUGCAACUUAAUCCGCGUAAGAAAGAGCGCAACCAUCGAUGUUUUCUUUAAAUCUUCGAUAUCGCAGGACGACAUUCAGAUAAUCAACACUCUUCUGAGCAUAAUAGUCGGCAUUAAGGAGUGCAGAUAUAAAAUAGACGAAGAGUACUUCUCUUCUGAAGUGAUAAAACAGUAUUUGUUCAAGGGGCUGGAGGAGGAGAUAAAAAUCUUUAUUGGAAAAGUAGACCAGAUCAGAAACAACGUGAAAAACAUAGAUGUGCAGGCGCUUACCUUUCUCUUCCAGGAGGACAUAGACAAGUUCAGCAGAAUAAGCAUGAUUCUGAGAGAAAUAGAGAGCGUAACGGGUUUGUUUUUGCUGGAGGUUGUGAUGAAAAGUAAGGUAGAGUGCUCCUCCAUUGUAAGCCAUCUCGCACUCCCGAUUAACAGGGUGCUGGUGCGGCUAGUAGAGGGAAAAGAGACAGACGGGUAUUUUGAAGAAAGAAACACGUACGACUAUGGAGAGUGCUUUUGGAGCAGCCACUACAGGGUAAAAGAUAUGCCAUCUUAUCUCGCUAAUUCAAUCGGUGUUCUAACUGAUUUGGGUAAAAUAUCAAAGAUAAGAAAAACCGUUGGUGAAGCACAGAUUGACUACAGAGGAGAUAUAAUAUACAUAGAAAACAAGAUGGUUGUAAUAAACGAGCAAAGAAUACGCGAGUACUACAGCAUUAUAGCAGACUGUCCCAUUGUAAGAGAAGAGUGGAAAAGCGGCAUAACAGAGAUGUUUGGGAGGAUCGGACUGGAUGUGCGCAAAUACUCCGAGCUUUUCAGGGAGAUGGGGAGUAGAAUUCUAAAACAGCCGUCUAAGAAGGACAUUUCGAUGGUAAACUAUAUAAUGCGCAGGGGAAGCCCUGGAUACUCAGCAUUUGAAGAGCAUGUAGACUCUCCGUCUCUCUCUUUUUUAGACGACUCUACUUUUUUAUUGGAGAGCGUGGAAGGAGUGCGAACUUCUCCUGUUUCUUUUAUUUACAGCGAAUCAUCCUUAUCAAGAACUUUGCUGGGGAUAUACGACACAAAGUGCAGCAAAACAGUUGGCGGGCUCUCUCUUCUGCAGGGCCUGGAUAUUUCUCUCUCUCUUAGAGAGCCUCUUUCGAUGUUCUUCUCUGCUAAGUCUAUUUCCGAGAUAAAAAUUCUGUUUAGGCUGAUUUACUCGCUCUAUGCGGUUGAAUACUUCCUGUGCUGCCAGUACAGCCACUGGAGAAUACGGCAGAUGCUUCUAGGUUUUGUCACGGGCGUGAGAAUGUUUAUAACAGAGAAGAUAGACGAAGAAUUUCAGAAAGUGAUAAACGAGAACAAUAUCUCCAUGUACCACAGCACAUUGGAGAAUGCCCUGUGGAAUAUAACGAAAGCAUCGCUAUUGACUAGCCCUUUCCUCAUACAGUUCUACAGCAGAGUCUUUUCCAUUGCUUUCAUGUACAUUGAAAUAAAAAAUAGAGAAAUGCUCACGGCUGCAGAAGUGGAAGAGAUCAUCCAGUCGCUAAAGAGCUGCUUUAAGGCCGCCAUACCGUACGUUAAGUCGCCGUUUUUGGUUCUACUUUUUGAGUCUCUCGUGUAG